AUGACCAGCUGGCAAAAUAUUCUUGAUAACUUGCCCACCGGAGCUGGUCGACCAGCAGCCCAAAAUAAUAAUAAUAAUAAUAAAUACAUUAGCGAAUCUCCUCAUAGAAUUUCCAACGAUGUCAUUCAUAACAAUGAAAGUCGACCUCGUUCUCGUCAAAAUCGUGAACGACAAUUAGUAUUUCUUCCUCGUAAACGUAAUGUUGUUCCUAAAUUCAAUUUACUUGGCUUGAAACCCACUGAAGAUUGUCAACCAUACAAUCUGGGUUUCUUUCAGCCUCAUGGUUUAGUCGAAGAUGAAACUGUUUGGAAAAAAUCUCUUCGAGAUUUGGCAAUGUCACUUGGAUUUAUUACACAAAAUGAAAUUGAUCGAAUUCAAAAACCAGCCACUCUGUCCAAUUUUUAUGGACCACCAUCGACAACAGGUAGCUUACGUACAAGUGGUCCAUCGACAUCGGCUGGCCCAACACCUCGCUUUAAUGAACCACUACCACCGCCAAGUCGUGGAGAACGACUUUUUGCUAAAGGAUAUGCUAAACCUUCAUGGUAUUAUAAAGUUGAUGAUCACGAACGAGAAGCUUGGAUGUUACAAGUACUCUGUCAAAUUUUGGGUACAGAAGAUAUAGCUCUUGUACAAACAUGGCUUGCUUCAUCACACAAAGCAGAACGAGAUUUAGCUCGUCAAUUGAUUGUUCGUGCCCUAGAUGGUCUUGGCGAAGGUGACCGAUUUCGAACAAUACUUCCAUCACUCGAUGUUGAUAUGGAUACACUAAAUAAUUUUGUCAACGGAAUUGCAGUACCACAAAUACCUGUCGAUGGAGUAUUUCGACCAACUCUUAAACGACCGAAAAGAAGAGGUCAACUUCGUUCACUAGAUGAAAAUAAACCAGUUCAUAAUACACGCACUGAAGAAGAACUUAUGGCUGAAUUUUCCAGUCCAACAUUAGCUGUCAUGCAAACAACACCCAAUACUAGUAUCGGUCCAGGUGAUACUGCUCGUCUUCGUACACCAUUUCUACCACCAAUACCAGCUAGAUGGAUGAUGCAUAACGAUGGUAGUUUUCGAACACCACCACCUAAGAAAGCAGCAAGUGAAUCUGAUUUAUCACGAAGUGCCGCAUGGGAAAAUUCAUCGUAUCCAACAAAUGUCAGCUCCGUUUUUUCAUGA